AUGGAAGAGAUUGCCAAGGCUAAAAGAGAAGGUCAGAGAGUCAUCGGGAAACCUGUGGUAUCUGGGCUAGUCCUUGAUGAUUCUUGGCUUUGGGAUCCUGACUUUGCAACUGCUUCAAAGUAUGUGAUGAGUCCUCCAAUUCGGGAAGCAGGGCAUAAUAAAGCACUUCAAGCUGCUCUUUCAUCAGGAAUAUUACAGCUUGUGGGAAUUGAUCAUUGCACCUUCAAUUCCACUCAGAAAGCUUUCGGUUCUGAUGAUUUCAGGAAGAUUCCCAAUGGCAUAAAUGGUAAGCCAUAGGGCUUGAACAAAGGAAACUGUGUUGUGUCAUUGCAAAUGGAAGCUGGCUAAGGCAUCUCUCUUUUCAUUACUUGAUCCCAGGUAUUGAAGAAAGGAUGCAUAUAAUUUGGGAUAGCAUGGUGGUAAGUUUUGAUUUCA